AUGGUUAGGCUAUUGGGUCACUGUGUGAGUAGCAUUUGUAAGCCGCGGCCGUAUAAGCCGAUUUCACAUUUGGUAAAAUGUUUGCAAUGUCGACAGCAGAUACCUUAUCAGCAAGUAGUUGUAGCAACUAAAAAGUAUUCUAUUUCAACGUUGAAAUCGUCGUCGCCGUCGUCGUCGUCGUCUUCACCGCCGCUGCCAUUAUCGUCAUCGUCGCCGCCGCCAUUAUCGUCGCUGUAUCUGCCUCCCAAACCGGUUAAAAGUCAAAAAGCUCGAUAUUUCAAGUACAAGAGACGGUUCUAUAUAGGACUAGGCUUGGGACUAGCAGGGAGCAUAUUAUACUAUUCGGAUGAUAGGUUCAAACACGCAGUGCAAACCUUUGAUCGUGUUGGUGUUGUUUCCAUUGCCAUGGUUCGUUGUUUUGCGCUAUAUAAGGAAGUAUUAGAUCUGUCCUUUGACACAGUUGCAGAUCGUCAAAAAGAGCUAUCCAAAACGCAUAAGAAAGCUGCUGAGAUUACAUUGAAAGCAUUGGAGAAAAACGGGGGCAUUUAUAUUAAAUUGGGCCAGCAUAUCACCGCAUUAACCUAUCUUUUACCUCGAGAAUGGACAGAUACCAUGAUACCCUUACAAGAUAGGUGUCCUCGCUCAUCAGUUGAAGAGAUUGAAAAGAUGUUUGAAAGCGAUAUGGGUGUGAAAUUGCAAGAUAUCUUUAUUGAAUUUGACCCUAAUCCUAUUGGGGUGGCAAGUUUAGCUCAAGUGCACAUUGCCAGAUUGAGACUGAAUGGACAGAAAGUGGCAGUUAAGUUACAGCAUCCAAGUUUGAAGGAGUUUGUGCCGAUUGAUGUUGAAAUGACCAAGAUGGUUUUUGAUUUAAUGUACAAAGCAUUUCCUGAAUACCCAUUGACCUGGCUAGGCGACGAGAUGCAGAAUUCUAUAUACACCGAGUUGGAUUUCACAAAGGAAGCUGAGAAUUCACAACGGACAGCUGAGCAUUUUGAAGAAUCGACUUUUUUGAAGAUCCCCAAGAUUGUUAAAGCCGAGAAGAGGAUUUUGAUUAUGGAGUGUGUUUCCGGGGCAAGGUUGGAUAAUUUACAGUAUCUCAAGGAACAUAACAUUGACCCUUCUAAAGUAAGUGCUUGUUUGUCGCAUAUUUUCAACGAUAUGAUCUUUACUCCUGGGGUUGCAUUGCACUGUGAUCCACAUGGGGGUAAUCUCGCUAUAAGGAGUGUUGACAAGAACAACAAGAACAACAGCAGGUACAACUUUGAAAUAAUCUUGUACGACCAUGGGCUAUAUAGGGAUAUUCCAUUACAGAUGAAGCGUGAUUACAGUCAUUUCUGGUUAGCUGUAUUGGAUAACGAUAUUCCACAAAUGAAAAAAUAUGCCAAGAUCUUGGCUGGGAUUGAAGGUGAACAAAAGUUUAAGAUUUUCAUAAGUGCAAUAACCGGUAGAGCGCCAGAUGCUGUAUUAGAUAGUAGAAACAUUAAGAAAAAGAGGUCAACCGAGGAAAUAAGCGAAAUUCAAUCACAGUUGAACGAUAGCCAAUCUGGUGUGUUGGAGGAUCUAAUGGAGAUACUAAGCAGCGUACCAAGAAUGAUCUUGUUAAUUCUAAAGACUAAUGAUUUAACACGAAAUUUGGAUGAAAGUUUACAUACCGAUCUUGGGCCAGAAAGGACUUUUUUAAUCAUGGCCAACUACUGUGCCAAGGGUGUUUAUGACGAAGGAAUCGAUACUAUAAACUCACGUUACCGUGGCUUUACCUGGGUUUUCAAGAGGUUUACCAAUUGGAUACAGUACUGCAAAAGGUUGGCUACAUUAUACAUUUUUGAUGUUUCCUUGAAGUUCCACCGUUUUAGAUUAUAA